CCUGCUAUCUUACCUAAUUCUUUUCUCUGUGUCUCCAUAACAACUGGUGAAGAUUAUGGGAAGGGACAAUGACAGCUACCAUCAGGCAUUCAUCUUGGUGGGCUUUUCUGACCGGCCUCAACUGGAAAUAAUUCUCUUUGCUUUUAUCUUGAUCUUCUACAUCCUGACUCUAGCGGGCAACACAGCCAUCAUUCUCUUGUCUGUUGUGGACUCCAGGCUCCACACACCCAUGUACUUCUUUCUUGGGAACCUAUCUUUCUUGGACCUCUGCUUUACAACGAGCAUUGUUCCCCAGCUGCUGUGGAACCUUUGGGGUCCAGAGAAGACCAUCACCUACCAUGGCUGUGUGGCCCAACUCUAUAUCUAUAUGGUGUUGGGCUCAACUGAGUGUGUUCUCCUAGCUGUCAUGUCCUACGACCGCUAUGUGGCUGUCUGCCGGCCACUGCACUACACUGCGGUCAUGCACUCACAUCUCUGCCUGCAACUGGUGACUGUGGCCUGGUGCUGUGGCUUUCUAAACUCCUUUGUUAUGUGUCCCCAGACGAUGCACCUGUCCCGAUGUGGGCGUUGCGAAGUGGACCACUUUCUGUGUGAGAUGCCUGCUCUUAUUGCCAUAUCCUGUGAAGACACAAUGCUGGUGGAAGCAUUUGCCUUUGUCCUGGGGGUUGCUCUUCUCCUGGUACCCCUUUCUCUGAUCCUCAUCUCCUAUGGCAUGAUCACUGCUGCUGUGCUGAGGAUCAAGUCAGCAGCAGGGCGCAAGAAGGCUUUCAACACCUGCUCAUCUCACCUAACAGUGGUCAUUCUCUUCUAUGGAACCAUCAUUUACAUGUACCUGCAGCCAGCCAACAGCUACUCCCAAGAUCAGGGCAAGUUCCUCACUCUCUUCUAUACCAUUGUCACUCCCAGUGUCAACCCUCUCAUCUAUACUUUAAGGAACAAAGAUGUGAAAGGGGCAAUGAGGAAACUCUUGGGGUGGGAGAAAGAGAAUAAGGAAACCUAA